CCACACCCAAUUCUUUUCUCCACCCACCUCGUGGUAUAGUAGUGUCAUGGCGUCCAAUUCAGAAUCAGUAGAUGGUGUUAGCGGGUGUUACGGUGAUCCUGAUGUACUAAAGGUGGCUGUACUGAAGGAGCUGAAUCCUACAAUCAAAGUGACAUUUAGAAAAUGUACAGAUGAAAAUAGCAAAAAGAGUGUGUCACUACUGCUGUCAAAUGGAUUUUGUGUAACAGCUGCUAAUGAGAUAUGUCGGUAUCUUGUUAAGAAAGAAGGUGGAGCUGUCGUCUCAUUGAGAGAUUGGGCUCUUAUUGAUUACUGGCUGGAAUGGGAAGCUAUUUCCUUGAAACCAGCUAUCUUGUCAUCAGUAAUUAAUAAUUCACCAUCAGAUCAAUUGCUAUCAUGUCUGACACAACUCGAGUCUCAUCUCACAAGUAAUCAGAAGAUUGUCUCAUGCAAUGAGUUCUCAUUGGCUGAUGUUGUUGUAUGGUCAACACUGCUCGUAAUACAAAGCCCUGAGUCUAAACUUUCAUCCAAUAUUGCCAGGGAUUAUCCAAAAAUUGCUCAGUGGUAUCGCUCGCUGGCACGGGAUUCUCGAUUCUCGUCUGCAGUCUGGGCAGCAUCUAACGAUAAAGGCUUUGAAGGUUUCUAUGACUUCAUAAUACCUAGUGGAUCUGGUAAAUCAAAGAGCACAACAACUGGUGGUAAAGGACAAAGUAGUAAAGCUGAGAAGGAGAGAACACAAUCUGCUAGUGGUCUGUCACCCAGCAGUAGUACUGGUGAUAUGAUAGGCCAGGCUGAUAUUGAUAAAGCCAUGGCCCAUUGGAACGAAGGGCCUGAUGCUGCACCAAAGCCUCGUCUACAUAGCCAUCCAAUUUUGCCUAUACCUGGUGAAAGGAAUGUUCUAGUUACGAGUGCAUUGCCCUAUGUGAACAAUGUGCCUCAUUUAGGUAACAUUAUUGGAUGCGUUUUGAGUGGAGAUGUAUUUGUGAGAUAUGCUCGUCUUCGUAAUUACAACACACUGUAUGUGUGUGGUACUGAUGAGUAUGGCACUGCUACUGAAGUAAAGGCAGUCAAAGAAGGACUCACUCCUCAGCAGAUAUGUGACAAGUACUACGCCCUCCAUUCGGAGAUAUACGAAUGGUUUAAUGUGGACUUUGACAUAUUUGGAAGGACCAGCACACCACAGCAAACACAAAUUGCCCAGGACAUUUUCUGGCAUCUUUAUGACAGAGACCUCAUUAAGAAGGACACUGUGGAUCAGCUACUCUGUACUUCUUGUGAUAAGUAUCUUGCUGAUCGUUUUGUCGAAGGGAUAUGUCCAUUCUGUGCAUACCCAGAUGCUCGUGGGGAUCAGUGUGAUAAAUGUGGAAAGCUGAUCAAUGCCGUUGAAUUGAAAUCUCCACGUUGCAGCAUAUGCUCUAGUACACCUGUAGUGAAGCAAUCCAACCAUUUGUUUCUGGAUCUUGAAAAGUUGCAAUCUCCAGUAUUUGAUUGGGCACAAAAGUCAAUAAGUGAAGGAGUUUGGUCACAGAAUGCCCAGUUCAUUACAAAGUCCUGGUUAAGAGAUGGUUUGAAGCCGCGUUGUAUAACUCGUGAUUUGAAGUGGGGCACUCCUGUACCACUGGAGGGAUACACUGAUAAAGUAUUCUAUGUUUGGUUUGAUGCCCCCAUUGGGUAUAUAUCCAUCACUGCCUGCUAUACUGAUCAAUGGGAGAAAUGGUGGAAGAACCCAGAACAAGUGCAACUCUAUCAGUUUAUGGCAAAGGAUAAUGUUCCUUUCCACACUGUUGUCUUUCCUAGUACACUCAUUGGGACUGGUGUCGAUUACUCUCUACUGAACCACAUUAGCUCAACAGAGUAUUUGAAUUAUGAAGAUGGGAAGUUUUCCAAGAGUCGUGGUGUGGGCGUGUUUGGUAACAAUGCUGUAGAGACUGGUAUCCCAGCCGAUAUCUAUCGGUUCUAUCUACUGUAUGUGCGGCCAGAGUCUCAGGACUCUGCUUUUAGCUGGUCCGACUUUGUUAUGAAGAACAACAGUGAGCUACUCAAUAAUCUUGGGAACUUCGUUAACAGGACACUCUCGUUCAUCAAGAGCAGUUUUGAUUCUUGCAUACCAGUCAUGACACUCAGCCAUGAUGACAGUGUGAUAGUAGUUAAAGUAACCCAAGAGCUCCAGGGAUACAUUGAGUGCUUGGAGAGACACAAGCAACGCGAUGGACUCAAGCAUAUCCUGGCUAUAUCCCGACUGGGGAAUGGACAUAUACAGGCUCACAAGCCGUGGGAACUUGUCAAAGGAGAUAAGAAUCAGAAGUUGUUGGCUGGGAGUCUUCUUGGAUUGUGUGCUAAUAUUUGUUGCCUCAUUUCUGUUCUGCUACAGCCAUACAUGCCCUCCAUAAGUAAAGAGAUACAGAAUCAGUUGCAGGCUCCUAGUGAGUGCAAUAUAAUAUGGGAUUACUUUGUUCCGUAUCUACCAACAGGACAUAAAAUUGGACAGCCACUGCCUCUGUUUAAGAAGAUCGACGAUGCAACUGCUAAUGAGCUCAAGAAACAAUUUAGUGGACAGAAACAGGAUACUGGUGCUAGUUCUGCUAUGGGCGAGUCAUCAAAAAGCAAACUGGAAGCGGAGUUGGCUAAACAAGCUGAAGUGGUUCGGUCGUUGAAGGCAAGUGGCUCUGCUACUAAAGAGACGCUUGAUGCUGAAAUUGCAAAACUUCUUGAGUUGAAGAAACAGCUUGGGAUAUCAGGGGCCAGUGUUGGAUCAAAGAAAAAGGGAAAGAAAACAAAAUGAGACAAUUCCUAGUCUGCUCCUUUGACUGAUUUAUUCACGUUUCUUUCUAUAGGUUUUAAUUUUGUAUAAAUAAUUUUAUGUUCUGAGAAAAAACUUGUGUUUAACACAA